ACUUAAUAAAGAGGACCUGCAGGCUGCAGAACAUCCCAGAACUGGAGGGUCACUCACGGAUGAACCCAGCUGCAGUUGCGCACUUCCAACACCAGGGGUCUCCCCGCUUCCUAACCCAAGUCGUCGUCAAGGCAACCAGACUGUCAUGACAACCUCGCUGACGCUUAAAGAGAGGCACUUCCUGCUGAAACUGGACGGAAAGCACACUAACGGGAUUUUAACGUUUUUUAACUUGUAAUUUAGCUUCGGUACGACGCAUCCAUUCUCCCGCGUAGUGAAGCAGCUUCUAAGACAACGGGGCACGCUUUUCUUCGACUCUUUUUUUGUGAAGAACUGAAGCCAAGAAACAACUGGGAAUCAUUGCCAGCUGGUUGUUAUCGAUGCAUUUAACCAGGCCGAAGUCCUCCAAAGGGCGAAGCAGAGCGGCUGUAAACACCUCUCUGUAUUCAGGGGACACUGGCAGCACCCAGAGGCCACCCGUGUCUCCAGAUUCUCCCGUGUACAGCAAGCCAGACAGGAGCCUCCGCUCCCAGUCCCAGCCCAUAAUGUGGCAGGCCAGCCAGCUGAGCCAGGAUGAGGUUCUGCAGAUGCUGCGGCACGCCCCCGCUGCUCCACCACAGUCCUUAAACAAGUACAAGGUUCUGCCAUCCAUAGGGGGGAGGCAGUCAGAGGUGAGUCCCGGGACAAGCCUGGACAAAAAGAUGUCCAAGCUCAGUCUGUCUGAUGAUGCUAUCCAUCAGCCAAGGCACAGCCAUGGAGAGUCAGAUCCCCCCACAGUGAAGGAUGUGACCCAGAGCAGCAGCAGCAGCAGCUCUGAGGUGGAUAAGAGGGCUGGGGUCUGGCCUAAGCCCCCUGAUCCAGGAUCAGUCAUUACCAAAGAAGCUGGCAGUUUGCUCCUAGCUAUCCGAGCACCAUGUGGCAGAAGGUUUCAGCAGCACUUUGAGCCCACAGACACUCUGCUGAUGGUGAGAGCCAGUGCAGAGCUCAUGUAUGGAGCAAAGUAUGGAGAGGCCUCCAUUGAGACCAUGGAUUUACCACGCAGGACCUUCACAGACAUGGAUGUAACCCUGGCCCAGUGUGGCAUCCGGAACAGAUCUGUGCUGUGCAUCUCUCAAAAUGGCAGUAUGGGGGAGAGUGAGUGAGCUGCGCUGAAUUUCAAGUUUUGUUUUGCAGUUGAAGUCUGGCAUCGUGGUGUUUUUUAAAAACAAAAAAAGAAUCCCCCCUCCACUCAAAAAUGUGUUUGGCUUUUUGUUUCUUCCCUUGGAUGUUUGAGCUCCACUGUGCAGAAUGAUGUGUGUGUGCAGUUUGAUAACAUCAAAGGCUGUUUUCACAUUUGUACUGCUGAAGGAGGAAAGAUUCUCUGUGCUGUUAAAUCUCAUAGACAUGUACAUACGACCAUGAUUUUUUGGAGCCAACUGUGGAUCAGUAUGUUGGAGUUGGACACGUGAUAAAAACACAUCUUUCAGACUUUUGGGGCUCCAUAAAGUGCAUUAAAUGUGAAUGUUUUACUAGUUCAUUUUACUUUUUUUUUUUGUGGG